AGAGAGUUGCAGAGAAGGAGGCUCGCAACUAUAUAUAGCAGCCGCAGGGCUUCAAUUGUUGAUCGGAAAAAUUAGAACUACCUGUAUCUGUGAUCGGAGAAGAGAAACGAAGAAGACAUUGUUCGUUUUGGAUCUACGAGCUAUGGCUACUGCGUUGAAGAGACGCGCAUCCUCCAUCGUUUUCGCAAUCGUUCUAUUCGGGAGCUUGUUUGCAUUUUCUAUAGCUAAAGAAGAAGCUACCAAAUUAGGAACAGUUAUUGGUAUAGAUCUUGGAACAACUUAUUCUUGUGUUGGGGUUUACAAAAAUGGACAUGUUGAGAUCAUAGCUAACGACCAAGGUAAUCGUAUCACCCCUUCAUGGGUAGCCUUCACUGAUGGUGAGAGACUGAUUGGUGAAGCAGCUAAAAAUCAAGCGGCUGUUAAUCCAGAGAGGACUGUCUUUGACGUCAAAAGACUUAUUGGGAGAAAGUUUGAUGACAAAGAAGUACAGAGGGACAUGAAACUUGUACCCUAUAAGAUUGUUAACAAGGAUGGGAAACCAUAUAUCCAAGUUAAGAUCAAAGAUGGGGAGACCAAGGUCUUCAGUCCUGAGGAGAUCAGUGCUAUGAUUCUGACCAAGAUGAAAGAAACAGCGGAAGCUUACCUUGGAAAGACAAUCAAGGAUGCAGUUGUCACUGUUCCAGCAUACUUCAAUGACGCCCAAAGGCAGGCCACUAAGGAUGCAGGUGUCAUUGCUGGUUUGAACGUGGCAAGAAUCAUUAAUGAACCAACUGCAGCUGCCAUUGCCUAUGGAUUAGAUAAGAAAGGUGGUGAAAAGAACAUCCUUGUCUUUGACCUUGGUGGUGGCACAUUUGAUGUUAGUAUCCUUACUAUUGACAAUGGUGUUUUUGAGGUUCUUGCCACAAAUGGAGACACUCAUCUAGGAGGAGAGGAUUUUGAUCAGAGAAUUAUGGAGUAUUUCAUUAAAUUGAUAAAGAAGAAGCAUGGUAAGGACAUUAGCAAGGAUAACAAGGCUUUGGGAAAGCUCAGGAGAGAAGCUGAGCGUGCCAAGAGAGCCCUGAGCAGUCAGCAUCAAGUCAGGGUGGAGAUUGAGUCUCUAUUCGACGGUGUGGAUUUCUCUGAACCACUUACUCGGGCUCGUUUUGAGGAGCUGAACAAUGAUUUGUUCCGGAAGACAAUGACUCCUGUUAAGAAGGCUAUGGAGGAUGCUGGUCUGGCAAAGAACCAGAUUGAUGAGAUUGUCUUGGUUGGUGGAAGUACCAGGAUUCCAAAAGUUCAACAGCUUUUGAAAGAUUAUUUUGAUGGCAAGGAGCCUAGCAAGGGUGUCAACCCUGAUGAAGCAGUUGCUUAUGGUGCAGCUGUACAAGGAGGAAUCUUGAGUGGAGAAGGAGGUGAUGAAACCAAAGAUAUUCUUCUCUUGGAUGUUGCUCCACUGACUCUUGGUAUUGAAACUGUUGGAGGAGUGAUGACAAAGUUGAUCCCAAGAAACACUGUCAUUCCUACUAAGAAGUCUCAAGUCUUCACAACUUACCAGGACCAGCAGACAACAGUCACAAUUUCGGUCUUCGAAGGUGAACGCAGUAUGGUAAAGGACUGUAGACUGCUCGGGAAAUUUGACUUAACAGGAAUACCUCCAGCUCCAAGAGGAACACCUCAAAUCGAAGUUACUUUUGAGGUUGAUGCCAAUGGUAUCCUGAACGUGAAAGCUGAAGAUAAAGCCUCUGGAAAGUCAGAAAAGAUCACCAUCACCAAUGACAAAGGUCGGUUGAGUCAAGAAGAAAUUGAACGUAUGGUCAAGGAAGCUGAGGAGUUUGCUGAGGAGGACAAGAAGGUGAAAGAAAGAGUUGACGCCCGAAACAGCCUUGAGACAUACGUAUACAACAUGAGGAACCAAAUCAAUGACAAGGACAAACUUGCAGACAAGUUAGAGUCUGAGGAGAAGGAGAAGAUUGAAACCGCCACAAAAGAAGCACUUGAAUGGUUGGACGACAACCAGAGUGCUGAGAAGGAGGAUUACGAAGAGAAGCUGAAAGAAGUUGAGGCAGUGUGCAACCCAAUUAUCACGGCUGUGUAUCAGAGGUCAGGUGGAGCACCAGGAGGUGCUAGUGAGGAUUCCAACGAGGAUGAUGAUUCACAUGACGAGCUGUAAUGGAAUUUGGAAUUUGUAGGUUAAUAGUUUUCUGUUGUUCCCAAAUAGAUAUAAAUACAACUUUUGUUAUGAUUUCGCUUGUAAUUUCACCUUAUGAAGGGUAGAACGGAGAACAACUUGGAAGAAUCCGUGAGUGUAAUGUCGCUCAGGUCUCUUUCUUCUUGUUCAUUUUUUCGUACACCUGUAUAGAGACGUGAUUUUAUUCAGAGGUCAAAUUUCUUAUAUUCA